AAUAUUUAUGUUCAGUGAAUUUUUGUUUUGUAAAUAAAAUUAGUUACUGAAAUUAAUGUAAAUGAACAAUUUUCAAAUGUUAUCUUGAACCUAAUAAUUAUUAUAUAAACAUAUAUUUUUUGUUGUUUUGUCUGUUUUCAUAAAUAUACAGUUGUUUCACAGUAGUUUGCAAUAAGUCCAAUUUUGUCAUCAGAAUUUUGUAUCCUCAUCAGAUCGACCUGACAAAUUAGAAUCCACCAGAUUCUUUGUCAUAUUUAUGCAGGUAGUAUAUUACUAAACAGUGAUGAAGCAAGAAGAAAUCCUGCUGUACCAGGACAUGGAAACCAAGGAGCAGACAUGUGUGGAUGUAAGCAUGGAUAACAUCACUCGGGCGGCGGCGGCGCUGGGCGCGCUGCUGGAGGCGGCGGGCGCGGCGGGCGCGGGCGCGGACCCCGAGCUGCGCGUGCGGCGCCUGGCCGAGCGCGCGGCGCGGCUCGACGCGCUCAACGUGGCCGGCAUGCUGGCCGCCGCCACCGAGGGCGGCGGCGCGCGCCUCGCCGACCGCCUCGCGGCCGCCGCCCGCGCCGGCGCCGCGCUGCGCGACCGCCACGCGCGCCUCGACGCGCUCGCGCACCCGCGCGGCGCGCCCGACGCCGCGCUCGCGCGCUCGGACGCCGCGCGGGCCGACGGCGGCGCGCGCGCGCUGCUGGCCGAGCUGGAGGCCACGUUCGGCUGGCUGGACGCGCCGCCGCUGCGCGCGCCCGCCGCCGAGCCGGCGCUGGGCUGCGCCGAGGGCCGCGCGCGCGCGCUGCGUGCGGCGCUGGCCGUGCGCGCCGCGCUGCGGGCCGAGCGCGACCAGCCGCCCGCGCGCCUGCGCCUCGCCGCCGUACGCGAGCGGCUGCGGCGCCUGGCCCGCCUGCGCGACCAGCUGGCGGCGGCGCUGGCUCGGCAUCUGAACAACACGCUGAUCCACCUGGGGAACGAGGCCAACCUGGCCGGCGAGGGCGCGCAGGACGGCCGCCCGCACCGUCACCACGCCGAGCUCCUUCCCUACGCGCCGUUCAUGCGCUGGCUCAAACAAAUGGACGAGAAGGCGUUCGAGGCCCUUGAGAAGGUGUACGCGGGCACGUGGGCGCGCGUGUACGAGCGCGAGCUGCGCGCGGCGUGCGAGCAGGCGCGAGCAGCGCUGCAGGCCGCGCCGCCCGAGCGAGCCGACCCGCUGCUGGACGCGGUGUUGACCACGGUGGAGGGCAUCUGCAAUACCGAGCAAGACUUCUGUGCGCAGUUCUUCUUCCUCGACGUAGACGUUAAGGCCGAAAGCGACGACGAGAAGAGCGAGCGCGGCGACGCGUGCGCGCGCGCCGGCGGAGACACGCGCCGCCUCAUGGCCGAGCUGUUCCCGUCGCUCGAGCAGGAGCUGGUCGCGCUCGUCGGACACAUCGAGCGGCACGAUCCAUACGGGGCGAUGCGCGCGCUGGCGUGCGUGGGGCGGCGCGUGCUGGGCGCGGGGGAGGCGGCGGGCGCGGGGGAGGCGCGGUGGGCGCGCGCGGCGCUGGCGGCGGUGGCGGUGGCCGCCAAGCGCAGCGCCGACCGCGCCAUCGCAGACCGCGUGGAGGCGCUGCCCGACGCCGUGAAGCAGGCGGCGCGGCGACCCAAGUGCGGGCUGCUGUCGUUCCUGGCGGAGCUGGAGGCGCUGGGCGCGGCGUGCGAGCGCAUCUUCGCGGCGGGCGGGCGGCGCGCGGACCUGGACCGCUGGUACGUGCUGCUGGGCGGCGCCAUGCUGCGGGCCAUCGCCGCCGCCGACCACCCGCGCACGCCGCGCGCCGUGCUGCAGAUGGAGAACUUCCACCGGCUGCACGGCGUGCUGUCGGCGCUGCGCGCGGCGCCGCUGGAGGCGCUGCGGCGGGAGUGCCGCGCGCGGUACGCGGACGCGCUGCGGGCGUACGUCACGCAGUACUUCGGGCGGCCGCUCGACAAGCUGGCGCAGUUCUUCGAGGGCGUGGCCGAGGCGGUGGCGGGCGGCGUGCGCGAGGACGAGGUGUGCUACCGCGCCGCCUACAGCAAGCACGAGCUGCGCCGCCUGCUCGGACUCUACCCCGCGCACGAGGUCCGCAAGUCGCUACACCGCCUGUACCGCACGGUUGAGAAGCACCUGAGCGAGGAGGGCGGGCUGCUGCAGGUGGUGUGGCGCGCCAUGCAGGAGGAGUUCAUCGCGCAGCACCUCGCGCUGCAGGCUCGUAUCGCGGCGUGUUACCCGGGUGCGGGGCUCACGAUGCCGCUCACUACGCAGGACAUACUCGACGCGUUCUCUGACAUCGCGCGGGAGCACUAGCACUGCUCCAAACUAUUCCCGGAUUCAAUCGCGAGAACAAAAAAGGAAGCAACAUCAAGCCAGUAUCUUAAUAACGGAAAUGAAAUGGUGACAACUCUACAUAUAAAUGAGUAUAAAUAUAAUUG